UAUCCUCCGAGUGAACCAUUCGCGCCAUGAUGAUGACUUAUUGCGCAAGGCCGGUGCGCCUUCUCCGAAUACUAGACAGGGCAACACCGAACAUCUUCAACCAGACGCGUCAGAUACAAGUGCAGAACCCUUUCACCACUCAAGGAGUGCAGUGAGCGAGUCAUCAUGGAAAGGUCCCGAUCUGUAGCGAACUUGACCCUGGAACAACUUUACCGUAAGAGAGCUUUUGAUAGGAUCAACCAGAGAGCAUCAAGGGCACGGAAGAAGUCUCGCAUCGACGAGCUCGAAAAGGAACUUGGAGAGCUCAGAGAACAGCUCCAGAGGUCCGAAGAAAAAGUACGAAGGUUGCAGCAUAGCGAAGCGGUGUUGCGGGAAGCAAUAGACGCUGCUCGGUUCGCUCUGCAUAAGAUUGAUUCCACUUCACCAUCCUUGAAUAAACCGUUCCCUUCACCACCGGCCUCGACUCACACAACUGGAUCAGGCGGUGAGGAUUCAGCUGUAUCAUCGACGGCUGAAGAUGGUACAACAGUAAUCCCUGCAAUUGGUGCAGCGCUGCAUUCAGGACCAGAAGUGGCCCCAUUGGCUAGACAGGAUCUAUACAACUUUCCGGACAUCUCCAUCAAAGAUGAUACGGCUUCAUUUGCUGUCAAAGAUGAUGCAACGGGGCUUACCUUAGACUUACCCCUCGCGCAAGACAUCGAUUCGGCUCUGCAAUAUGAAGGUUUCGUUACGGAUCCCUGUUCUAUGAGCCCUCUAUCAUUAUCAUUUUUGACACGCUUCUCCAACCAGUCAAGUGGGGAGGCUUGUAUUUCUCCGAUCUCCAACCCUUCGUCACAGGACGUCGAACGGCCGUGGGAGCGCCUUCCACUCCAUAUAGAUCCCACCUGCCGCCUUGACACUGUGCUCCUCGAGCAAGCGAAACUCAACCGUCAGCGCCUGCAGACUUGUGGUCCAAUACCAGAGCUGUCAGCGGGCAACCAAGCUUUCCCAAGCAUAAGUUCCCUGCUCAAUCCGGAACCCGACAGCUCUCAAGCACCCAUAUCCAACGCAAUCGGUACCCAUGGACGAAUUACCAUGGAGAUACCUAGUCUGCCGGCCAAAAUCGCGAUGAUGUACAACAUGUGCCAUCUCUUACGUUGGCUGAUAUCGCCUACGAAACAAAACUAUGAAGCCAUGCCGGAGUACCUACGGCCCUUAGAGAUACAGCUCACAACCCCUCAUCCAGUCUGGAUCGACUUGAUAGUAUGGCCAGAAGCACGUGAACGCAUCAUCAAAUACAUGGACUGGACACAGUUUCCCACUCUACGGUCGGUGGGCAAUCAAUCCAUCUCGAUCAACUGGCCACAUGGACAGUCCGAGAUUUUCACUGCGGUUUCCGAGAAAGGCAUCGCUUUACGACCGCGGUUUGAGAACCACAUACGACAGCUUCAGAAUUGGACUUUUACCUCCGAGCUCUCUGAUGCAUUUCCUUUCCUGAAGGACAUGACGCAAGGCUGUGGAGCGCAGCAACUAUGAGCGUAGAGCCAAUGACAUUCAUGCAAACCUAUCCAGCGCAAUCUUCGGCGGUGGUCAUCAUCAGUACCCAUUAUUAUGGACGAAAACCGCACAACGCAUGGGCUCUGAUUUGCACUUUCGAAUUGGAAUCCACGUCCACAUGUGUAUUUCGUGAUGCCCUUUUUAAGAAAAACGAUAUAACACGCAACUGUGUAGGAAAGUGAAGUUCAAGGUGGAUAAAACACGGCCUUCUAUACCUGAUCUUGGCCACAACUGUGUGCAUUCAUAAAGCGAUGCUUUCACCUUCGUCAAGUGGCCAAGUCCCACGAACGACACCAAAAAUGAUGUUCACCACUGACAAGAGCAGCGGCAUUUCUUCGACUCUGAACAGCUUCCAAACCUGGCAGCAGAUUUAACUCGCAACAAUGAAAUAAGGGGAGCGUAUCCAACAACGUGGACAUGAAACUGCAUAGAUAUUAUUCUGUACGAUAAUACAUGCAGGGGAGCA